AUGAACAAUUUUGCAAGAGCUGAAAGAAGGAAAUCCAUGGCUGAACGCAGACCGAGCACUUCAUAUACCCCGCCUGUUAUUCCUCACUUGGCCGGCUUGGAAAAGCCACAAGAUUCGUAUUUGAAGAUCGACAAUUGCGAUGUGUUGAUAUUAGGUACCGGUUUACAGGAGAGUAUAUUAGCUUCUGCUUUGUCAUGGCAAGGGUCCUCGAUUUUGCACAUUGAUAACAAACCAUAUUAUGGCGACUCGACUUCCACUUUAACUAUUGAACAAUUGAAAAAAUGGGUAUUGGAAGUUAACCAGGGCAAAAUCCCUCAUUUCCAAGAUGCUCAAAUCUAUAUACCCGGUGGAAAGUUGAACAACCAGUUCAACUCCAGGGACUAUGGCAUUGACUUGACCCCCAAGAUUAUGUUUUGUCAAUCUGACUUGUUGACUCUACUUGUGAAAUCACGCGUUUAUCGCUACUUGGAGUUUCAAUCGUUAUCGAAUUUCCAUGUCUUUGAAAAUGACGACUUUCAGCAAAAGAUCAAUGCAACAACCAAGGAGGAUAUAUUUAUUGACAAGUCACUUUCGUUAUUGACCAAGAGACACUUGAUGAAGUUUCUAAAAUUUAUCUUGAUGGACCCAGAUUACAAGGAAAAGAUUAAACCAUUUGCAAAUCAGCCAAUCCAACAUUUCCUUAACCAGCAGUUUAAAUUGGAAGAGGCUCAAAUCAACGAAUUGGUUUAUUCGAUUGGAUUAAGUUAUAAAGAUCAAAUCAACACAAAGGAGUCCUUGAUCAAAAUCAAAAGAUUUCUUUCGUCGUUUGAUGUAUAUGGCAAGUUCCCAUGCAUGAUUUCGAAAUUUGGAGGGCCCGGCGAAUUGGCUCAGGGUUUUUGUCGAAGUGCUGCAGUUGCUGGUACAACUUAUAAAUUAAGCACGAAUCUAAUUGAUUUUGACCCUGAAACUAAAAUUGCCCAUUUCGACGAUGGUUCCAAUAUCAAAAUUAAUGAAAAAAUUGUUGUUUCGCCAACUCAGUUGCCAAAGUUUUUGCAAUCGAGCUAUAACCAAGCAGUAGAAAAUUUGCAGCCUCAUUUUGUGACAAGGUUGAUAACUAUAGUGAGAAGAGACUGUAAAGAAUGGAUGUCUCUUAAGGAGUCACUGGCAAUUGUUGUUUUCCCACCUCAUUCUUUACCAACUGAUAACGAAUUUUCUGUUCAAGUUAUAAUUCAAAAUGGCGGCACGGGUUUAUGUCCAGAGGGCCAAUCCAUAUGGUUUAGUCAAACGGUAGAGCAAGACUUGGGCCGAGCCAAGAACGAUCUUGAGUCAGCUUACAUCAAGAUGGAAUCGUCACUUUUAAGGGAAUCAUCAAACAAUAUUGACGAGCUACUCGAUGAGACGGACUUUGCCUUGAACGCACAAGGAACUCCCAUUUUGACAAACUCGUUCAAGUUGGGCUCGCAUUUCCAGAGCUUUGUGCCCAAGGAAACCUUGGAAGUUGUUUGCAAAUUGGGAUAUGUGGAAAAGACAUACGUUGCCAAUGACUUGUCCAACAUCUUCAAGCCAUCGAGCAAAAACAAUAUAGUCUACAAGGAUAUACCAGACGCCCAGAAUGAGAUCAUAUUCACAAACACACCCAGUGCAGAGUUAUCUUACGAUGGUGUUAUAACAGACGUUAAAUCAAUAUACCAAAGAAUCACGGGCACAACCGAUGACUUUUUCGAUGUCGAUUUCGAAGAUGAAGAAGAUGAAUAUGACAAAGCAAACCAGCCAAUCAUCCCACCAAAAAGAUCCUCCGUCAUUGGAGGCAUAGUGGGCGGCGGUUCAGGAACCAGCUUGGCUGCUUUGAGAGAACAACAUAAUGAGAAUAUGAGUGACAACGCCAUCGCAAGCGAUGAGGAUAUAGACGACUCACACGAACCUUUUGGUGCUGAGGGUAUGGAAUUGUAG